CUCUUCAUCCAUACCUGUUCAAACUAAAAAUAGCAAUGAAAUACACAUCUUGUGUUUGUUAUUACAUGUGUUAAUAUUGUUUAUCAUCAUUUUGUUUAUCAUGUGACGAUAGGAAGCAAUGACAUCCGGUUAAUAUGGGACAACGUUGGUCCAGCUCCGAGGGAGUUACCUGUUCUAAAGAUACAGCUUUAAAGAAAGCUUGGCAAAUGUCAGACAGCAGUAAUGUCGAUGAAACAAUUAUAAUGAAAAUACAGACAGAAACGAAACGUCGUCAUAGUGAUACAGUUGAUCGAUGGACAAGACAUACUGAACUAACAGCAUUAACAAUAGCUUGUUUGAAUAAUGAUGUUAAACUUGUUAAAAGAUGGAUAAAGAAAGGUGCAGAUGUUAAUUUAGUUGCCAGGGGAGAUCAACAUGAAAAUUACGAAAACAGUGUUCCACCCAUAUUCUAUGCUGCAAAUAAUAGAAAUGCUGACAUUGUUAAACUCCUGAUAAAAGCAGGUGUGGACAUUAAUAGAUUUCAAGGACUUCCACAGUGUAUAAAUUUACAGAAACCAGAUGAUCUACGUGCAAUCAUUGGUCCAAAUAGAACUCAAUCGUUUGGAUUUUCAAGACAUUCUGGUAGUCCUCAAAUGUUUAUGAAAGUACUUGAGCAGUAUUUAAAUUUUAAAUGCUGGAGAGGUAAGGUUUAUGAAGCAAAUCGUCCAACGACAUUACACAUAUCCAGUCCGUGGUUUAUUUGUACUGCAGCAAUAGUGUUACUACAACAUGGAGUGGAUCCCAACUUGUAUAGUUUUGGAGAUAUUUUACGUCAAUUAGGGGAACACUGCAUGUUCUCUCGGCAAGAGGACUACUGUAUAGAUGUCAAGAUAUUUUUAGCAACAUUUGUUUCUUCUGGGUAUGAUCUGACCAUAUCUGAUAAGAAUUGCUACGAAAACGAUUACUUUCAAAGUGAAACUGAAUAUCACUUACUUAAGGAUUUUGGAAGACCGCCAAGUUUAAAGCACCUUGCUCGAACACAAAUUCGUAAACACAUCCGAUUCAUCAAUAUGGACACAUCUGUGUUUCCAAUAAUCGACAAGUUAAAACUUCCUACGAUUCUUAAGGAUUUUUUGAAACUAUUUGACGUUAGUCCUGCCGAUAUAUCGUCAAUUGUUUGCUUUGAACACAGACGAUGAUAACUGUAUAAUAAAUGUAUGUAAAAGUGUCAUUUCCUGGAAUCUCACCAGAACCUCAAAUUCAAUGAUUGUUAUUUUAACAUGACACAAAAGAAUAUAUAAUAUGAUCCAAUGAACGUUCACAGAACACGACGAAUAUUUACUUGAUACGCGGAAUCAUAAUAAUUAGAUUUUUUUUGUAUAUAUUACCAUAUUGUGUUUUUACGUGUAAACCUCAUCAACCUUACAUUGUACAAUUAUUUCUUCAUCAUUGAUUUUUUUUAAAAUAUAACUUUUGCAUAUGAACUAUAAAGAGUGCAUUUUUCCAAAAGAAAUAACAGUAAAAUGAAUACUAUUCGACAUUUACCUAUAAAAAUCGUUAUGAGGCUCAAAUGGAAGGAUUCUAUAGGAUACUGACAGUACUGAAAUUGUGCUGACAAAAUCAGUACUUAAAAAGUGCUGUAAAAAUCAGUACUGAAUUUAUAGAAUUAGUUUCGAUACAGUCAUUAAACAGACACAAGUUGUUUCCUUUUUCCUUUUUCCUUUUACGAUAUUUAAAUUUAAAAAAAAAUAUUCGUCUAAACUGAAUUUUAACAACUUGUGUCUGGUCAGUUAUUGUAUAAUAAUGAAAAGUAUUGAAAUAAAAGAAAGUAUAACAU